AUGAAGAGAGACGAUCGCACAAACAAAAGCCAACAUAAUCUGAAGCAACAGCAGAGUUAUUCAGAUAAAGAAUCUGGAACCGAACAUCAACAAGAAUUCAGUAUAUUUCCAAGACAUCACCAUCAUCAAAGAAUGGAAUCGGAAGAAGCAAACGACGAACUGAUGGAUGCAGAUUAUCCAAAUUAUGCAGCAAAAAUUUGUGCAGGGCGGCCACGUAUGAGUCGUCGAAUGACUAUCGAAGAAGAAACUAGUGGAGACUACUUCAGGUUUACUACUUAA